AACUCCUACCUUGAGCAAUGUCGAAAAGAAAUUUACCGAAUAUUUUAAUUACGGGUACGCCUGGAACUGGUAAGACAACAUUAUCGCAAUCAAUUUUAGAAUCACUUAAUAGAGCAUCCGAUCAACAAAAUCAAUUCAAGCAUAUAAGCAUAGGCGAUCUAGUAAAGCAGAAGGAUCUCCAUAACGGCUAUAAUAACGAAUGGCAGUGUUACGACGUAGACGACGAUAAGAUACUCGAUGAGUUAGAGUCCACUAUUGAAUCAGGCGGUAACAUCUUAGAUUGGCAUUGUUCAGAGAUUUUUCCAGAGAAUUGGCUCGAUUUGGUUAUCGUACUGAGGUGCGAUCAUCAAGUACUCUAUCAGAGGUUGGAAGAUCGCGGUUACAAAUCGGAGAAAAUACAGGAGAACAACGACGCUGAGAUUUUCGGAGAGUGCCUUCAUGAAGCUUUAGAAGCUUUCCCGAAUCCAGGUCAAGUCGUCGAGCUUCAGAGUGAAGAAAUCGAGAAUCUGGAGAGCAACUUAGAGAGAUUCACGCUAUGGCUAGACAACUGGAAAUCCAACAAUUCAUAAUAUUUAAUAUUUACUAUUCAUGUAAAACCUCUUACACCUAAAACUCUUCUAACAUCUGUUGUGAACCUCAAUGAAUCUAAGAAUGGAAGCAGAUCGAGCAAUGCCUCAUCGUUAGGAUCACUUAUCCAACCUGAUAUUGGUAUUCCAUUAGCUGGGUUGAUAUUGUAUGAAAUUGGCGAAUUGUCAACUAAAGCAACUCUUGAUAAGUCCUUAUCAAUAAUGUCGAGAUCUUUCAUGUAACUACCGUUAGGUGCUUGGGUACAGGACUCUCUAAAAAGUCUUUUUGUCAAAAUCCCCCUACCCGCGUCUAUCCAAUCAAUAACCGGAUCCGCAUAUUCUUGCAUAGACGCCGUGAAUAUGACUAAAGUAUACCAACUAGCAACUUUUUUUAAAAAGAAAUCUAAAUGGGGUCUUUUGUAUACGUGAUAUAAAACGCUUCUACCACCGAGUACGACUUCAACCAUAUGUGCACCACCAUCACCGCCUGCAAUGCCAUUUCCAGAUAAAACACUUCUUAAACCGAGACUGAAACCGUUCGAUGACCGUUGCGGAGCUCUGCUUGUUGAAUGUAUCAAUGUUUCAUCUAAAUCUAAUACCAAUGUUUUUGGUAAAUGCACGCCUGUUGACUUAUUUGAUAGCUUUUUGCUUCUAGAUUCAAGAGGUGGAGAAGGUGAGGGUGAAUAGGUUGUCUGGCUAGCACCUGAGCCAGAAACAGCAAGUAAAUUACGCGAAGGUAGUGGAUUGGGUAGUAGGUUGUUAUCAGUCGACGUCGUUCGUCGCCUAUUGAACGG